GGCCAAAAAGCCCAUAACAAAAGAAGCCCAAUUUAGUUCUAAUCGCUGACUUCAUUAUACUCAGUCACCGACGAUUCCCCUCUCCGCGCCCUUACACUGAGAUACGAAUUUCACCCUUCAACGGAAUUUCAAUUUAGCGCUUCGACUUUCUUCUUACUUUUUACGGCUAGGAAUGGACGGCGACGGCGAGGAGUUGACGGCACAGGAGACUGCUUUGUAUGACCGGCAGAUUAGGGUUUGGGGAGCAGAUGCUCAGAGAAGAUUAAGCAAAGCUCAUGUGUUGGUUUAUGGAAUGAAAGGAACUAUAUCUGAGUUUUGCAAAAAUAUUGUUCUAGCUGGAGUAGGUAGUCUUACCUUAAUUGAUGAUCGACUUGUCACCGAGGAAGUGCUUUCUUCGAAUUUUCUAAUUCCUCCUGAUGAGAAUGUGUAUGGUGGAAAGACCAUUGCUCAGCUUUGUUGUGAUUCGCUUAAAGAUUUCAAUCCUAUGGUUCGUGUUUUUGUGGAAAAAGGUGAUUUGUCAAGUUUUGAUGUCGAGUUCUUCAGCAAAUUUGACGUUGUUGUCGUCAGUUGUUGCUCACGUUCAGCCAAAAAACUAGCCAAUGAAAAAUGCCGGAAAGCAUCAAAACGUGUAGCAUUUUAUACCGUUGACUGUAGGGAUUCUUCUGGUGAAAUUUUCGUUGAUUUGCAGGACUAUAAAUAUUCUAAGAAAAAAAUGGAGGAAACUAUUGAAUGCCACCUAAAAUAUCCAAGUUUUGAGGAUGCUCUAUCAGUACCUUGGAGGGCACUUCACAGGAGAAUGUCAAAACUGUACUUUGCAAUGAGAGUAAUAGAGAAGUUUGAAGAGGCUGAAGGUCGUAGUGCGGGAGAUGUUUCGGAAGCAGAUCUUUCCAAUGUUCUCAAGCUUAAAAAGGAACUUUGUACUGCACAAUCUCUCAAUGAAUCUCAUGUUCCCGACGCUCUUCUAGAAAGAUUGGUAGCAGAUACAGCAGAAUUUCCUCCAGUUUGUGCUGUUAUUGGGGGAAUCCUUGGACAGGAGGUUAUCAAAGCAAUUUCUGGAAAAGGGGACCCCAUAAAAAACUUUUUCUAUUUUGAUGCUUCUGAUGGAAAGGGUGUUAUAGAAGACAUAUCUGAUUUAAACGCUGGAAAGUAACUUCUCCGGGACAGUGUUUCUCAUGAGUCACAGGCAAUCCUGGUUGUGAAUAUCGAACCUUUUGCCGUAUUAGCUGCUCAUUUAUAGUUAAGUAAUUAGCUUUUGAUAAUUUUGGGUUAGAAUUGUCUUGAAAUGUAGACACUCGAAUGUAUUUAUGCUGAUCUUCAAAGCCGUCUUCGAAGUUGCAAAGCUUCGUGAUGGUUAGGAAAAAAGCUCGACGUGUUUAUACCCACCCUGGGUUCUCUAGUGGGUAAACCUGGUUAAUUGAAUUUAUAUAGUGAUGAUUUUGCUA